CGCAAGAAGAACACGGCCGUGUGCUGCCCCCUCGUCUACGGGUCCGUCGCCUUCUGGCUCGGGCGCAAGGCCGACGAGUACCACACGCACAAGUGGACGCUCUUCGUCCGGGGCCCGCACGGCGAGGACCUGGGCUACUUCGUGGAGAAGGUCGUCUUCAAGCUCCACCCGUCCUUCGCGCAGCCCGUGCGCGAGAUCCACGAGCCGCCCUACGAGGUCACGGAGAAGGGCUGGGGCGAGUUCGAGGCGAGCGUGCGGGUCCACUUCCGCGACCCGUCGGAGCGGCCCGUCGAGUUCAGCCACGUCGUCAAGCUCUACGACGGCACGACGCCCCAGGUCGCGACGCAGCCCGUCGUGAGCGAGGUCUACGACGAGGUCGUCUUCACGGAGCCCCACGAGGCGCUC